AUGGAAACUUUCGAGUCGGAAACUGGCAGGAGAGAAUUAGAAAAUGUAGAAGAAAACAUAGAACAGGGGCAAGUAAACCAAGGGGGACCAGUGGUCUUUAAAGCAUGCAAACUUAUAAUCAACGAUGAGGAACAGCCAAAAGGUAUACUCGGAAAUCAAGAUAUAAACAUUAGAUGGAAUGGUAAAGAUAGACUGGUGAUCAAUAACAAAUCAGUUACACCAGACAAUGGAUACGAGAAUAUAAAAAUCAAGUACGACUCAAUGGGAGGAAUAACAGUGAAUAAGCAAUAUAUAAAAGGAUUCGAAGGGUUAAAAGCUACAGGCCAAACUAUUUUGAGAUUGCCAAAUAUAAAAACUGAUGCACGUGAUGAUGAAGGUUGCAAAGCUUGUGACCAAUGUUUAGCAGAUGAUUUGAAUAUAGUUGGUGACGAUGGGGAGAGUGUGGCGCAGAGCACCGUAGCCCUCAUUAACGAAGCAAAAACCAUAGGGCUGAAUGUAAAUGAUAAUAAAACUAAAGUGAUGGAGCUAUUACCAGAAAACAACCAGGUCGGCAAUGUAGUGAUUCAAGGACGUACAUUUGAAAAAGUGCAUUAA